UGCAACAUCACACUUCAAUCCAUCCGGAAGAACGCUUAUUCUCCAGUACCAGUGUAAUAAAAAGAAAAGGGAGGAAGAAAACAUGCCGCUGACCCCCGAGCAAGUCAAAAUCAUCAAGGCCACCGUGCCCGUCCUGCAGCAGCACGGCCUGACCAUCACCACCACCUUUUACAAGAACAUGAUCAAUGCGCACCCCGAGCUGAACUCCGUCUUCAGCACCACCCAUCAGGUCACCGGCCACCAGCCCAAGGCCCUGGCCAUGGCCGUGCUGGCCUACGCGCAGCACAUCGACGACCUGGGCGCUCUCGCCCCGACCGUCGAGCUGAUCUGCACCAAGCACGCAUCCCUCUACAUCCGACCGGACCAGUACCAGAUCGUGGCCAAAUACCUCCUCGAAGCCAUGGGCCAGAUCCUGGGCGAUGCACUGACCCCCGAGAUCCACGACGCCUGGGCGGCGGCCUACUGGCAGCUCGCCGACGUCUUGAUCAAACGCGAAGAAGAACUCUACAAGCAAGCGGACGGCUGGACCGACUGGCGCGACUUCCGCAUCGCCAAGAAAGUCCCCGAGUCCUCUGAGAUCACCUCCUUCUACCUGGAACCCGUCGACGGGAAGCCCCUCCCUACCUUCCUGCCGGGCCAGUACAUCAGCGUGCAGCUCUUUGUCCCCUCCCUCAAGCACCUGCAGGCCAGACAGUUCUCGCUGUCCGAGAAACCGCGCUCCGAUUACUACCGUAUCUCCGUGAAGAGAGAGUCCGGCGUGGAUCCGCGGGAUCCCUCCGCCGCUGCGCAUCCGGGGUGCGUGUCCAACCUACUGCACGACGAGUACACGGAAGGCGACACGCUCAAGGUCUCCCACCCGCAAGGCGACUUCUUCCUCUCCGCCGCCGAAAGGGACGGCUCGGGACCGAUCGUUCUCGUGUCCGCGGGCGUCGGUCUCACCCCGUUGACAUCCAUCCUGAACACCCUGACGUCCUCCGCGAACCCGGCUGCCACGGAGCGGAGAAUCCACUACAUCCACGGCGCCCGCACGUCGCAGGUCCGCGCCUUCAAGUCCCACAUCCAAUCCCUCGACGCCAAGUUCCCCAACCUCCACGCGACCUUCUUCACAAGCCAGCCCGUCGAAUCGGACAAGCAGGGCGUGGACUACCACCACGCCGGCCGGAUUGACCUCCGCAAACUCGACGCGCAGCGGGAUCUGUUCAUCGACGACCCUAAGACCGAGUACUUUGUUUGCGGUCCGACCUCGUUCAUGGCCGACAUGAAGAAGGAGCUGAAGGGGUUAGGCGUUGGGGAGGAGAGGGUUAAGAUGGAGCUUUUCGGAACAGGCGGUAUUCCUCAUUGAUUUAUUCUUGGCACAAUUUUUCUUUUUAUGUUUGGAAUGACAAUUAGAUAGGCACUUAAUGAGCAUUGAGUAUAAUAACUAGUUAUUGUCCGUACAUUGGAUACGACGAGGAUCAUGAUUAGACAACAGGUCAUUUUGAAGAUGGCCUCGAGGAAUGCGCUUCUUUCAGGUGGUUCCAGCAAACCUUGCAUUGCGGGAUAUUCUUUUACUACUUCUGAAAAGCCCUUGAUGGCAGUUUGUAGUCCAGCAAGCCGUAUUGCGAGAGCGAUGACUUCGCCGUUCGCCUUCGGCACAAGGACAUUUGCGGAAGGCAUCCAGGACCCGACUUGCACGUGAAGUUAUCUGAUCGGCAACUAGGUUGUAUUUAGCAUUUCGUGGGCACUGUAUAUAUAGAUGUAGCUGAGGAUUGUUAGGUUGAGAAGAACAUGGAAUGGGCAACAGACAAGAGAGUUGAAGGCAACAGGAUUCAUAAGAUUGAACGCUCUAUAUCAAUAUACUGCCGUCUCUAGUACAUUGUGAAGCUCUUAGUUGACAUACUUAACGCUUGAAGCUCUUGUAUAUGCGGGAUUCGGGAACCCGUACCUUUCCUGCCGGAACAUAUAUACUCCGGACCCCGUGACUGGAUUAUUAGAUAAUCCGCUUAUCCAAAAUUGUUGGAUCAACUUGCUUGUAUUGUAUUGUAUCUAUCUAGGUUGGUCUAGCUAUUUUAGUGUGUCAGGCCAAGCGAAGGCGGUCUAAUAUGGCAGAAUACACGUGACCUCUACCAAAAAUACUAUUUAUAUUCCUCAUCAAAAAGUAAAAUGUCACGUUGUCUAGCGGCGGUCUGCCCGUGAUAUGGUUGGCAAGUCGUAAAAAGAUCCAGUCCUUGAACACAGGCCUCAAAAAGGCGCAAACAAUGGAUCUGAUGGUCAUUUAAUGCAGUGGAGUUUGCGGACGAGUGGUGAUAAAGUGUCAGGUCAAGUCCAAUCCAAGGGAGAGGGAAAAGAAUCUAGACGGU